CAGCACCGCCUAACCUUGCAUCGCAGACCGCCAGCUCUGCCGGCUCUGAGGGGGGCAGCACACCGGAGGGUCAGACGCCGCGCAUCACUCAGACACAAGGCAGCUAAGAAGCCACCCUACCAGCAACCUCGGACUGGAGUGCUGCGUCGAUCAGAGGUAUGGCGCAGCACCCCAGGCUUAACGGGAAAUACAGCCCACCCGCCUGCACCUCGGUACCGCGGUCUGCUGUACACCUCCUUACGCAGACUCCCCCCGGCCACUAUGACAUCCUGCUUCCCGCGAGACGGCUGGAUACACCGUAUCGCCGAACGGAACCUUGCCACCGGACGACGGGCCUCGAAAUCGGGCGUGGGUUGA